AUGAUUGUUUUAAAUAAAGUUUAGUUUGAAUGUUGAGUGUUGAUAAUCAUGGCGUCUGCUGUUCUAAAAAAGGUUGUUAAUCUAGGGUCAGGGGUUUUAUUGUCUUCAUUUUGCGUAUCACUUUCGGCGUUUAGGAGCCCAGUGUGUGCUGUGGAGCAGGUCAGAGGUUAUUAUGUAAAUUGGAAAAUGCUGCGGGAUGUGAAGAGGAGAAAAAUGGCCUUCGAGUAUGCAGACGAACGGCUGCGCAUCAAUGCGCUAAGAAAAAACACCAUCCUCCCCAAAGAGCUGCAGGAAGUGGCAGAUAAAGAGAUUGCUGACCUGCCAAGGGACAGCUGUCCAGUGCGCAUCCGCAAUCGCUGUGUGAUGACAUCACGGCCCCGCGGUGUGAAGAAGAAAUGGCGCCUCAGCCGCAUUGUUUUCCGUCACCUCAGUGACCAUAACCAGAUGUCUGGGAUCCAGCGUGCAAUGUGGUGACUUCUUUCCUUUGUAAAGAGACAGUGGACAAAUCUGGGCUCUCAGGCCUCAUUACAAGCAAAAUUAAUGUUUCACCCACAUUUGUGUUAAUGUAAUAAAAGAAUGUAUUGUUUGUUUAU